AUGGACACAUCCAAGAAGUUCAAAGUCGUGAUUAUCGGUGGCUCCAUCGCAGGUCUUACACUAGCCCAUUGCUUGAGCAAACUCGGCAUUGAUUAUGUCGUCCUCGAAAAAAGGCGAGAGGUAGCGCCUCAGGAAGGUGCAUCAGUUGGUAUCAUGCCUAAUGGUGGGCGCAUUCUCGAACAGCUUGGACUUUUCGAUAAUGUCGAAAGGGCCAUUGAACCACUGAGCAUCGCUCAGCUUGUAUUUCCAGAUGGAUUCUGCUCUGAGAGCGAGUAUCCGAAGAAGCUUUGUGAAAGAUUCGGGUUCCCUCUUGCUUUUUUGGAUAGGCAGAUGUUACUUGAAAUCCUAUAUGCCAACCUUCCUGAUACCACACGCGUGAAGACGAAUAGUGCAGUUAUUGCUGUCGAACAUGAAGAAGACAGCGUCCGGGUUUACACUUCUGAUAAUUGUUCCUAUGAAGGUCAUCUUAUAGUAGGAGCCGAUGGUAUACAUAGCACUACACGAAAGGAGAUGUGGCGAGCCGCCAAAUCCUUGCAAAAAGGGCGACUCGAGAACAACAAUUCAGUGAUGAACAUUACAUAUGCUUGUGUGUAUGGCAUCUCUUCUGCGCACCCGCAAUUGAAGCCCGGUCAACAGAUCACAUGUUUCAACGAUGGCUGGAGCAUACUCAGUGUGGUCGGAAAGAACGGGCGCACAUUUUGGUUUCUUUUCCUGAGACUAGAAAACGAGUACAAAUACAACCAAGCUCCGAGGUAUACAAGAGAUGAUGCCAUCGCUCAUUGUGACCGAUUGAGUGCCCAUACAUUCUGGAAUACGGUCACAUUUGGAGAUGUAUGGAACCGACGAGAGGCUUUCACCAUGACCCCGCUUGAAGAAGGCGUUUUCCAGCAAUGGUUUUGUGGGAGAAUUGUCUGUAUUGGAGACAGUAUGCACAAGUUUGCUCCAAAUAUAGGCCAGGGAGCCAAUUGCGCAAUAGAAGACGCGGCCGAGCUUGCGAAUAUGUUAGCGCGGAUACUCGAAGGUCGAGAGAAAGGGGAGCAGUUCAAUCCUUUGACGGACGAAUUGAGCGACGGCUUGAAACGGUUUCAGAAAAAACGUAUCAGCCGCAUAAAUGCACUUUACAAAGUAGCCAGACUUGCGAUCCGUCUACAAGCCCGUGACGGACUCGCCAUGAGGCUAAUGGGGAGAUAUGUUAUGCCCUAUCUCGGUGACAAGGUCGCGGACUGGGCCUCUAGGGACAUUACAGGUGGUGCAAUCCUUGAAUUUCUUCCUCAUCCAGAGCGUUCCGGCUUCGGUUGGCAGAAGUACAGCCAGAAGCCCAAGAAAUCAAAUGCACCGUUUAUUUUAGCUGCUUUAACUGGGCUGGGUCUCCUUCUGACCAUGUUCAAACAGCUCUGGGAGCAUACAUAG